AUGGGGAGCGGCCGCAUCCUGGGAGCUGGGGCCGUGCUGGUGGCACUGGUGGUGCUGGGAGCCCGCCCGGCUGGAGGCGAGGAGACCAAGGGGUUCUUCCAGUUCCUAGGGACCUGUGAGUGUCACUACCUCAACGGCACCGAGCGGGUGAGGUAUCUGGACACGUACAUCUACAACCGGCAGCAGUACGCGCACUUUGACAGUGAUGUGGGGCAUUAUGUGGCUGACACGGAACUGGGCAAGCCUGAUGCUGACUACUGGAACAGUCAGCCCGAAAUACUGGAGUACCAACGGGGUUCAGUAGACAGGUUCUGCCGGCACAACUAUGAGGUAUCGGACACUUACAUCCUGCACAGGAGAGUUGAGCCCAAGGUGAGGGUCUCUCCCAUGCAGUCGAGCUCGCUGCCCCAGACCGACAGGCUGGCGUGCUACGUGACGGGCUUCUACCCCGCCGAGAUCCAGGUGAAGUGGUUCAAGAACGGCCAGGAGGAGACGAAGCACGUGGUGUCCACGGACGUGAUCCAGAACGGGGACUGGACCUACCAGGUGCUGGUGAUGCUGGAAAGCACCCCGCAGCAUGGGGACACCUACGAGUGCCACGUGCAGCACGCCAGCCUGAAAAGCCCCAUCAUCCAUGAAUGGGUGCUCCCAGCGGAUGCCGCCAGGGGCAAGAUGCUGACGGGCGUCGGGGGCUUGGUGCUGGGGCUCAUCUUCCUGGCGCUGGGGCUCUUCCUCUACG